UUCAAUGUGUACUGUGUAGUGUGUACAAGUUUGUCCUAUUUACUUGUCAGUAGUAAGUCAAGAACUUUAGCGAACUUGAUUGUUUGAAGUGAAAAUUAGUCAGAAAAUUUGCAAUGCCUAGUCAAGUUCGAGUGGAUACGGAAACUGCUCUGCCUCUCCAGACUGUUGAAAAUCACUGGUACAGAGUAUUCAAGAAGCAUGAUGUGCUGCAUUUUCGUCCGAGUCGUUUCCAGCCUCUUGUUCAAGUUUUCUUACGAUACUGAUGGAGAUGGCAAGCUGAACUUGGGCGAAUUGAAAGCAAGUAUCACGUCGAAUGGAUUCAAUCAUGACAUACCAGACCAUGCAGUUACUAAACUCAUCAAACUCUCGGAUAAAAAUAGGGAUGGUCACAUCGACUUCGCAGAGUUUAUACACUUGUUGGAGACGGAUGAAGGGAGAGCCCAUUUCAAUCACCUUCUGUCGCAGUACAUCCACUACACAGUGCCCGUGCGCAGUGCCGGACCGCGCAGGAGAGCGGGGGUCAAGGGGCGGCGAGGAGCGGACAGUCCUGAUGGAGAAUAUGAGGACGAGUAUUCCUGCUUUCCUCCUCCACUUUGUAUGGUCCUAGUCAGUGUUAUCGAGAUAGCGGUGUUCGCAUACGAUAUGUAUCUGACUGGUGAUUCGAUAUUUGGUCCAGCAGCUGACUUCUUCAUCUACAAUCCGUUCAAACGAUCUGAGUUUUGGCGUUUCCUGACCUACAUGUUUGUACAUGCUGGAAUUGGACACUUGGUAGUAAAUCUAAUGGUGCAGAUAAUGCUCGGAAUUCCCUUGGAGAUGGUGCAUGGCUGGUGGCGGGUCUUGGCCAUCUAUGUAGCUGGAGUGAUUGCCGGAUCUUUGGGAACUUCUAUUUCUGAUCCGAAAGUUUAUCUAGCCGGAGCUUCUGGAGGAGUGUACGCCAUUAUUGCUGCUCAUUUGUCAACCAUAAUUCUUAAUUGGUCGGAAAUGCAGUUUGCAAUUUGGCAGUUGCUCAUCUUUUUGGCUCUAGCAGUCAUCGAUAUUGGAACCGCCAUCCAUGAUCGAUAUGUGGCGCAGCUAAAUAGAGAGAUUGGGUAUGUAGCUCACUUGGCUGGCGCUAUAGCUGGACUGUUGGUUGGUUUGGUUAUCCUUCGUAAUUUGGCUGUGCGGUCGUGGGAGCAAAAACUUCAGUGGAUAGGGCUAUUUAUAUAUAUUGCUCUUAUAUCAGUAGCAGUCGCAUACAAUGUAUUCUCUUGAGUGUUCAUCUUUCACAAAACAGUAUUAUUUAUUUUUGCUGAAGAGUUAUCCUACAUUUUUUACUUAGUUUUGUCACUUGACUGUUUAAGGAAAGUAAAGCGGCCUCGCUGUUUUAAAAUGUA